AUGGAACCGAGAAGCGCCAAUGGACCAUCGAGAAGCUAUGAGCAUGACAUUAUCGGUUGGUUUGAGGACGUAUCAGAGAGAGCCGGCCACGUUCAGACCGAGACUCUUCGCCGAAUUCUUGAGCUCAACUGGGGUGUGGAGUAUCUCAACAAAUGGUUAGGGGAUAUCAAUAUUCGAGAUAUGGAUGCAAGUGCAUUGGAAUCUCUUUACACUUCUUUGGUGCCUAUUGCUUCCCAUGCAGAUUUAGAGCCUUACAUUAGCAGAAUUGCAGAAGGCGAUACUGUUCCUUUGCUCACUCAACAACCUAUAACACUUCUCUCCUUAAGCUCUGGAACCACAGAAGGAAGGCAGAAGUUUGUUCCUUUCACUGACCAUAGUGCCCGAACAACUCUUCAGAUUUUCAGCUUGGCUGCAGCCUACAGAUCAAGGGUUUAUCCAAUAAGGGAAGGAGGAAGGAUCCUUGAGUUCAUAUACAGCAGUAAACAAUUCAAAACGAAAGGAGGAUUGACAGUAGGAACAGCUACAACCCAUUAUUAUGCAAGUGAAGAGUUUAAGAUUAAGCAAGAAAAAACAAAGUGCUUCACUUGCAGCCCAGAAGAAGUCAUUUCUGGUGGAGACUACAAGCAAUCUACUUAUUGUCAUCUUCUCCUUGGCCUCUUCUUCUGUGACGAAGUAGAGUUUGUAGCCUCUACCUUUUCUUAUAGCAUAGUUCAAGCCUUUAGAGCAUUUGAAGAUGUUUGGAGAGAAAUAUGCAAUGACAUUAAACAAGGCACUCUUAGCGAAAGGAUCAACUUGCCGAAGAUAAGAAAAGCUGUGUUGGCUAUCAUCUCUCCAAAUCCAAACUUAGCUUCAAAGAUAGAAGAAAGCUGCAAGGAAUUGGAAACUCGAAACUGGCUUGGUUUGAUUCCUAAGCUUUGGCCAAAUGCCAAGUAUGUUUACUCCAUAAUGACAGGCUCAAUGCUUCCUUACUUACAAAAACUAAGGCAUUAUUCUGGGGGCUUGCCAUUAGUAAGUGCUGAUUAUGGAUCGACUGAGAGUUGGAUUGGAGCUAAUAUCGAUCCUUAUUUGCCUCCUGAAGAUGUUACUUUUGCAGUAAUACCAACUUUUUCAUAUUUUGAGUUCAUGCCACUUUAUAGAGAGAAUCAAGAUUGCUGUAGUUCAGCCAUUGAUGACUUCAUUGAAGAUGAGCCAGUGCCAAUCUCAAAGCUUAAGGUUGGACAAGAAUAUGAGAUUGUCCUCACUACUUUUACUGGGCUUUAUAGAUGCAGGCUAGGGGAUGUGGUGGAAGUGGCUGGUUUUCACAAAGGGACACCAAAAUUGAACUUUAUAUGCAGGAGAAAGCUAAUUUUAACCAUAAACAUUGACAAGAACACUGAAAAAGAUUUGCAAAUAGUGGUGGAGAAGGGGUCUCAGCUGCUCAUGAGCAGGGCUAGAGCAGAGCUUGUGGAUUUUACUAGCCAUGCAGAGGUAGAAACACAGCCAGGUCACUACAUAAUUUACUGGGAAAUCAAAGGAGAAGUUGAGGAAGAGCUUCUUGGUUAG